AUGGAAGCAUCUAACGUGUUCGUCAGAUGGCGCCCAGUCCCGCCUACGCAACCCAACACGCCAGAAAUCAACAAAGUCCACUCAGAGCUCCAAAACUCCCGUGUAUCCAUCUCCAUCUCCUUACCCUCGCCAGGGGAUAGCUCCUGGAAAAGCGGUCAUGUAUUCAAUCAGGUAUUCGAGCCCACCGACGGCAACAGGGCCGUUUUCGACGCUGUUGUGGCCCCUAUCCUCCCCAAAGUCCUGAACGGGGACUCCUGCAGCUUCUUCGCGUACGGACACUCCGGGAGUGGGAAGUCGCAUACGAUACUUGGGUAUGAUUUUGAGGACCCUGAUAACUUUGGGCUAUGUCUUGCUGCUGCGAGAUAUCUCUGUGAGGAGCUGAAGGGUUUCAAUACCGGUAUAGUAAGGGAAGGUCAUAGUCAUUCCUCUAUGUCGGAGCUGGGCAUUGGAUUGCGCAUGUACGAGUUACGCGGGAACGCCGCGUUCGAUUUACUGAAUAACCACUGCAAGUGUAAUAUCCGGCAGGGGUAUGAUGGGCAGACGCAUAUCCGGGGCGAGACGGAGGUGCUGGACGGCGGGAGGGUUCGGGUGCGUCCCAUUGUGACGAAGGCGUGCUGGAGCUUUGAGGACUUUCGGCAGGAGUUACUGCGUGGGUUGCAGCUGAGAGCUAGCGGGGUGUCGACUGUUCAUGAGGAGAGUUCGCGGACACAUGCGGUUCUGGAACUGGAGAUUGUGAAUAGGGCGUUGCUGGAUGCAAGGGAGGCGGUGGUUGAGAGGCAGUCGGAGUUGGUUCCUGUUGCCAAGAGGGCGACGGAUGUGUAUAUUGAGGAGCAGAUGAAGGGGCUUGUGCGGACUGGGGAUGGGAAGUUUGUGCCGAAUCCAGAGUAUCAGAUUGACCACCGGAGGAUUGAUGAGGCGGAAGAGAAGAAGGCUGAGUUCGAGAAGUAUGUCAGCGAUGCAGAGGAGCAUGUUCAUUGUGUGUUUCGGUCGUCUGGGCAGACAUGUCUUGGGGGGAAGCUGGUAUUCGUCGACUUGGCUGGAGCUGAGUAUUAUCAUGGGAGCUCGCUGUCUACACAUGGUUCACGAUCACUGCCCAGUCCGCAGGAGCAGAAGGAAGGCCGACAGAUUAACACGGACCUUCUUGCUCUUAAAGAAGUUAUCCGCGCCAGAGCUUCGAAACAAUCUCGUAUUCCAUAUCGGUCGUCGCCUCUGACAAUGGUACUGCGUGGGCACUUCGAGGCGACUGGUAGCAGGGACAGCUACUCUGCGGUGAUUCUGACAGCCUCACCGGCAGCCGACCAGUAUGCUGCUACCGCAAAUACGUUGAAGUAUGGAAACCUGGUUGGUACGUCUAAGAAUAGAUAG